UGUAGUUGUGCUCUAAGAAGCCUCGCAUCCGAUGACAAAACCAACACCCCGUUCUCCUUGUCUGAUGUUCCGGAGAGUUCCAGCCCUGGGAUGUAUGAAGGCAAACACAUCCACUACUCGGAGGUGGACCACAAGCCUCUGUGUUCAUAUAGUCCAAAGUUGUGCAAGCAACGCAGGCUAAAUGGUUACGCUUUCUGCAUCCGCCAUGUGCUUGAAGACCGGAGUGCCCCCUUUAGGCAGUGCGAAUAUGUAGCCAAGUACAACAGCCAACGAUGCACCAACCCAAUACCGAAGGCUCAAGACCGCAAGUAUUGUAACAGUCACCUGCAAGUUAUGGGUGUCCUCCCCAAAAAGGAGCGAAAGAAGAAGCAAGAUACCAUAGAGUCUUUGGCCCUAAAUAUCACUGUUCCAUCUCUGGCUCUGAAGACUCACAACGGGCUUGAGCAUUUAUCCCCACCACCUUCCCUGGCUUGUCUGCUCCCAUCAGAUCCAUUUGCCUUUUAUAGGCCAGAUAAAAUGCUUAAAGUAAGUGACACGAUUUUAAAGAAGCCCCAGGAGAGCCAAGCUAUGAGUCAGAAAAAGCAAGAUCACAGUGUGGAUCCAGCCCUCCAGAAACAUCCAGGAUUGUCUUCUCUUUCCUCCACCCAUGCACGUCCUUGCCUCAUUCCUCCACAGACUGGAAGAACCACAGAAAAACCUUUAACUCCCUCCUCCCCAUGCGCACCAACUCCGCAAACCCCCACACUCCAGCCAGGGUCAUUAUUUAAAACUUCAUCACCUCUUCAGGCCAGCCAGCAGGGCUCCAGAGAAAAAGCUUCAUUCGAUCACAAAGUUAAUCUGAACCUCAAUCAUGAAUUUGGCAAAAAGGUCCUCCAUGGAGCUUCAAACCGAGAUGACGCGGGUAGACAUUUAAUAACAACGAAUUUGGUUGCCAUGAGACAAGCUCCACGAUUGAGGCAGUUGCAUAGAGUGAUGGACCAGCAAAAGAGGCAAUACCAAGAUCUGAACUCUCAUUUAGCUUGCGUUCUAGGCCUUGACUGGUCAGAAGAAAGUGAAGAGGAGGAUGGAGACUUGGGAAAACUAGUGUCAUAUCAGUGCCAGAGACUACAAGAGAAACACUUUGAGAAGAGUGCCAGCAGUCCCCGCACUGAACGUCUGGCAAACUUCUGCUCAUACCUGAGACAAAAACACAAGCACCUCUGGAGGGAGCAGAAGGACUUCAGGAGGGAAAGGAAAUCCCAGCAUGCCCUUCGAAAAGCCCUGCUGCAGGCAGCCAGAGAUGAACCUCACCACACCGCACAGCUUAUUCAGGAACAAAAUAAAGAGACCUCCACGCCCUCCAGCACUGCAGUAGCACCUGGAGUGGCAAACUCAGGUUUGUGUUUGGCUGUCGUAAAAGGCGAAGAGUGCAGAAAUCCAGCCUUACCGUUCUCCAGGCACUGCUUUCAACAUAUCCUACAGAACCGAUCUCAGCAGCUGUUCUCAAGCUGUACAGCUCGCUUCGCAGAUGGAGCUCAGUGCUCCAUCCCUGUCUUUGACAUCACACACCAGACACCGCUUUGUGACGAGCACGCCAAGAAAAUGGACAAUUUCCUUCGAGGUGACAUCAGUCGCAGAACGUACCACCACCACCAGCAGAUUCAGAGGCACCGGCCACUGAAGAAACCCAAGCCUCCACCUCUCAGUAAGAAACAUAAAAAGAAAAGCAAGAAGGGAGUAUCACGGCGUCCUCAGAAACCCAUUCCCCCCGCGCUGCCCCAGGGCAACUUGGGCAUGCCGUCCAUCUUGUGCCUGCCCACUCAGCCAUCUGGCAUAAGGAGCCCUUUAACUCCUGAUCUGAGUGCGGAUGAAUUUCCUGAUGACAUCAACGACAUUAGUGACAUUCCACAUGACCUGGAGUUGAAUCAGGAGGAUUUCUCAGAUGUUCUACCUCGACUCCCGGAUGACCUUCAGGACUUUGAUCUUUUUGAAGGAAAGAACAGUGAGCUGUUGCCCACCUCUGAAGAAGCAGAGGAACUCGUUCGUGUUCUCCAGGCCAUGGGCUCGUACCCAGAAUCCCUCGCAUGUCUCAGUGGAAUUGCUGAGCUUGGUCCUGUAGAAGGUGUUGAUUGUCGUAACAUGUCAGGAGGAGUUGUGGAUCUACUGAGCGCACGGCUAUCUGCCGACACGCUUUCCAACUUGGAGCUGGACGCCAGUCUGCUCCCCACUUCGGAAGAUGCUUUCCCCCCAUCACCUCCGUCGCCACAACCCCCUCUCACUCCCCCAUCCUCCGUGGGUCACCUCACAGACAGCACAUACCCACAGAGGCAAUCUCACCUCCUGUCUAAGUUGGACAACUCCAAAGCAGAUCUAAGUGAUCUGCCGCUUGACAAGGACGAGGACAUCUCUCGUGGCUCCUGGGGCGUUCUCACACUUCCCCUCAGUGACUCCGCCCAGUUUCACAGCCUUAUUGCCUCAGACAGACUGCUCAUGUCUACGGCGCUCUCAACGCCCCUGACCCCUGUAUCCUCAGCCCCCUGCCACCCCAGUUUGUCCCUCUCUGCUUUGCCUCAGAGCAGUCAGACUCAGAGUGCAUCACCAACAUCAGAGCUCCUCUGCCCCAGCCAAGCCAAGCACCCUCCCCCCACUGUUCAACCACUGUGGGAUCCCAUCGGACUUCCAGCCACACCACAGUACACCGGCACCCUCUAUGGACCAGGCCUGAAUUGCAGGCAGAACCAAUAUUUCCAAUGAUCUUCUAUAUAGCCACAGUAUUCAGGGAACACGUUGCAGAUGAUUUUUGUUUCAUUCUGUCUGUCUGAGUUCCUCAACCACCCCCACACGAAAAAGCACGUCAAGCAAUAACUUUCUCGUCAGCUUAAAAUAGCUGCUUUUUUCUAAAGCAAACCGAUAAAUAGAUGGAUUUUAGCCAUUAAUAUCACUUGUAUCCUUAAAUGCAUAUUUAAUAUAUUUAUAGAGUAGCAGUCUGCACAGAUAGUUUUAUUGAUGAGUGCAAAUGUUUGGUGAAAAUGUGGUCAUUGUUUAGAGAGAACUGGUCAGGUUUGUCAGUGGCAAACAUACGAGGGCAGAUGUCAUGGUCGUAUCACUAUUCGUCCCGUGUUAUGAUUAAAAAGCUCACUGUUUUGGCAGAUAAGUGUUCAUGUGCUUUUAGUAGAGGUCAUACUAUGGGGUCUUGCUGUAGGUGUAAGUGCCUGCCAUAAAAGCUACUGUAUGUUACACCUUUAUAACCAGUGUAUUCUAAUUCAAGAAACAGUUAUGCUUAGUAAAAAAAAAUAAUGCAUAUUUUACUCCUAAAAGUUACAAAAGUAGCAUUUCCUUCCCUGUUUUUGGCUAAUUCACAUUACAAUACAGUUACAUGAGGGUGUUAAACUUCGAUUCUGAGUGUUUGAUGUGCUCCUGUGAGGCGUUUAGCGAUAGCAUUUGUGGGAACUAAAUGGUGUUAAGCUAUAGUCAGUUACUCGUCAUGGCUUUUAAAGAGAAAUAGUUUUGACGCCGUUAUCCUCACGUCUACGUUUCAUUCACUUGUAUGUUUUUGCAGGUGCUUUUUUACCAAAGUGGCUUACACGAAAGCCUCUUAAUAUCCACAUCUGAAAAAUAUUAUCUCACUUAACCAAUAUAGUAAAAUCAUGUUUGAGCAGUUGAAAUUUUAAAGUGAACAGUUAACGUUUAAUAACGAUAUCGAAUUAAGGUGUUUGGCUAGAUUUGCCGUCGUAACAGAUAAUGCUGCUUUUACCAACAGGCAUACUGACAGAUGAUAUCCAUGCACACCGAGGGUCGUCUCGUACUUUUUUAUACUUGUAUUCACUGAAUGUAUCGAGUCAACAAAAACAGUUUAUUAUAAAAUGUUAUGGUCCUCUUGUUCAAGGUAUUUUUAUGUAUUGACAUGUUUACUUUUGUUACUUAAGUGCUUGGAUGUGGGUGUGUGUGUGUGUGUAGACAAUGUGUAAGAGAAAUUCUAUUUGUUUUAUUCGAAAUGUGUGAAUUAAAACUGCUAUGAUCAUGA